UGGCCUCUCCUGUCUCCACCCGACUCUGGGUCGGAUUUAAACGGGGCAUUCAAUUUCGUCUGCGGCGUCGGCCUUUGUCCUCCAGUGGGAUACGAAGGCGAGCGGGAGCACGGGAGGAGAGGUGGAUAUGGCUGAUGGGAAAUCCGGCCGGGCGGUUCCGUAGUGCGAUUGUGGCAGUCGAUUGCCGUGCGGUGUUCUUGCUUCCUCUAAGGGUGUAUUUUUUACCCGAUUUUUCUAGUUCGAGUUACCCAAGAUGUCCUUCCGUAGUAUAGUUCGUGAUGUAAGAGAUAGUAUCGGGAGCCUGUCAAGGCGAAGUUUUGAAGUGAAACUUGGGAGUCUUUCAGUACAUCUCAAGGGAAAGUCUCAAGGCUUCGUAGCUGAGCCAUAUGAUCCACCUCCUGUUAUUCAAUUGAGUUGCUGGGCUAGCCUUCCACCAGAGCUACUCCGGGAUGUGAUCAAAAGAUUAGAGGCUAGUGAAAGCACCUGGCCAUCCCGAAAGCAUGUUGUUGCUUGUGCAUCUGUGUGCAAAGCUUGGAGGGAGAUGUGCAAAGAGAUAGUAAGAAAUCCAGAGUUUUGUGGGAAGAUAACUUUUCCAAUCUCAUUGAAACAGCCUGGCCACAGAGAUGGACUGGUUCAGUGUUUCAUCAAGAGGGACAAAUCCAAAUUAACUUACCAUCUUUAUCUUUGUCUUAGUCCUGCUGUGAUUGUAGAGAACGGGAAAUUCCUUCUCUCAGCAAAAAGGAUUCGUAGGACAGCUUGUACUGAAUAUGUCAUUUCGAUGAAUGCCGAACACAUAUCGAGAUCAACCAACACCUACAUUGGGAAGUUAAGGUCUAAUUUUCUUGGCACAAAGUUCAUAAUCUAUGACACUCAGCUUCCAUACAACGGAGCUGCUAUUUGCCCACCUGGACGAACAAGCCGUAGGUUUUACUCAAAGAAAGUCUCCCCUAAGGUCCCAUCUGGCAGCUACAACAUAGCUCAGGUGUCAUAUGAGCUAAAUGUGCUUGGCACACGAGGACCUCGUCGAAUGCAUUGUGUUAUGCACUCUAUUCCUGCUUCAGCCCUUGAGCCUGGUGGCACAGUUCCGGGCCAACCGGACAACCUUGUUUCACGUUCACUGGAGGAGUCCUUCCGCAGCAUAUCUUUCUCCAAGUCCAUGAUGGACCAUUCCAUGGACUUCAGCAGUGCUCGCUUUUCUGAUAUCAUCGGUGGAACUCAAGAUGGCGAUGAGAACAUCGAGACCAAGGAAAGACCGCUAGUUCUUUGUAACAAACCCCCUAGAUGGCAUGAACAAUUGCAGUGCUGGUGCCUGAAUUUUCGAGGCCGGGUCACUGUUGCUUCCGUAAAGAACUUUCAGCUCAUUGCCGCAACACAACCUUCUGCAGCUGCAACUACAACAUCACAGCCAGCACCCCCCACAGAGCAUGAUAAGAUCAUACUGCAGUUUGGCAAGGUUGCAAAGGACAUGUUCACGAUGGAUUACCGAUACCCCCUCUCAGCAUUCCAAGCUUUCGCUAUCUGUUUGAGUAGCUUCGACACCAAGUUGGCUUGCGAAUAAACAAAUUUAAAAUUCACUCUAUUGUCAGUUCAUGGUUAUCAAUGUACAACUCCUGUCCUUCGACUCGUAGCUCAGAAGCAUAUGCCUCUUUUACGGCUGAUCAGGUGAAGAGGAACCAAAGCGCUUACAAAUUUUAAAGCGAGCCACUUUGGGUUCAUAACGUCAAGUUACCGCCAAUCAGAUUUACUUGGCUUUUCAUAACAGAAGGGAGAAUAAAGCAAAAGGAAGAACAAAGUCCUGUGACCAAAGGAGGAGGAAGGUAAAGACCAAAGAGCACAGCUGGUAAGCACCCAAUGCGAAUAGUUUGCUAAGCUAUGUUAUUAUAGAGCAAAGUUGCACCUUUGUAGAGAGUUUACUUGGAAAGACAGAUCUGAAGAGAGGACAGAAUCAGGGACUUGCUCUUCUUUAGGUUAACAGAUUUGAUGGUUUGGAAAAUACUAGUGUUUUUUUACAAGGACAACUGGAAAGAAAGUGAAGUGGAAGAUAGCUUGGUGCAGUGCAUAGGCUAUAAUGGUGCAAUAGUUCCUUGUCCCUUCCAAAUGGAACGAAUAUUACCUGUGCUCCAAAUUUAUCCAGUAAGCAAACCAAAAGGAAGGCGGUCUAUCUCUAGAAUUACUCGGGCGAUACAAUCGUGCUGUUUAAUUAAGUAAAUUUGACAAGUUUGGUGACAAGAAUAAUUUAUAC